CGGCGGGACCCGGAGCGCGGAGCAGACUUCUAGGCGCUCCUCCGGCGAGCCGGGCGCUGUCGCGCGAUGCUCUUCAAUCGCAGUGCUCUGCCACCGCGACAAGGGUUGCAGGAUGGCCUGGAACCUUGAGGAUCGGAAUUUUGACCCACGGGAUCCGGCGGCCUUGGAAGUCGAAUCUACUCACUUAAUAAACUCAGAUUUCUUCACAAAGUCCGCACAUUACUCCCAGCUGCAAAGGGAGCAGCAAUGGCGAGGGAAGGGGGGGCAGCCCCACUUACGGGGGACGGUAAAGAUGGGGAAACUGAGGUUCACAGAAACUAGCCAAGGUUAUGUAACAAAUAGGCAAGAUCAGAAUCUCCGAUCUUGCUUGCAGGCAUCUGGUCCAGUUGUCUUGGGGCCUUUGUGGGCCCCCUGUUAAGAUCCCAUCACCUCCUAACCCUGCCUAAAUUAGGGAGCUGAAGUGAUGGUGGGGCAUUACAUGGUGUGAUAACUUGGGCCGGUUCAGAGGAUGGGACUGAAUGGAGGGAGAGGGAUGCUGCCUGGAAGUGUGGCCAGAGUUGACCUUGUCCAUGUGUGGGAGUGGGAAAGGCUGCCGUGUGGAACCAAGCUGAGAAGAGAAUGGUCAAGAGAGACUAGAUGGGAGAGUGGGUGGUGCAAUGAUGGGGUGGUGUUCUGGAUGGUGUGGGGGGAGGGGGGCUGGAGUGUUUCUUAUGGCCAUGUGGGAAAGACAUUAUCCUCGGAGCCCCAGCCCAGUCUUUCCAAUGAGGCCCGCAGCACUGGGCUCCCCAGGUCACACAGCCCUGGAAGAUGAGGGGCCUGUCAUGGUGAAGCUGGAGGACUCUGAAGAGGAGGGUGAGGCUGCCCCAUGGGAUCCCGGCCCAGAGGCUGCACGCCAGCGUUUUCGACACUUCCACUAUGAGGAGGCACUGGGUCCCCAAGAGGCCCUGGCCCAACUCCGGGAGCUGUGCCGCCAGUGGCUGCAGCCCGAGGUGCACUCCAAGGAGCAGAUGCUGGAGCUGCUGGUACUGGAGCAGUUCCUGUGUGCACUGCCCCCCGAGAUCCAGGCCCGUGUGGAGGGACAGCGGCCAGGCAGCCCUGAGGAGGCAGCUGCCCUAGUCGAGGGGCUACGCCAAGAGCCAGAAGGCCCCCGGAGAUGGGUCACAGUCCAAGUGCAGGGUCAGGAAGUGCUAUCAGAGAAGAUGGAGCCCUCCAACUUGCAGCCCCUCCUUCAAACCAAGCCUCAGACUCCAGAACAUGGGCCUAGGACACCAUCUGAAGCUACGCAGGAGUUACCAUUGGGCCUUCGGGUGAAAGAGGAACCCACGGUUACAGAUGACCCAGAGCUUCUGGAUUCUGGGCCUCUAGCCAAUCCCCAGGAGGCCACCUCCACCUUCCUGCCUGAAGAGACCCAGGGCUGUGAAAUAGUGCUGGACCAGGCCUCUCCUCACAGCGAAACUGGACUUGAGGGGCCUUCAUGGAGGGAGCAUCCUGGGGUCCUGUGGCAGGAGGAAGCUGGAGGCAUCUUCCCUCCAGGGUUUGCCCUCCACAUGGACAGCGUCUCUGCUGGCCCAGGCACUGUGAGCCCCCACCUCCACAUCCCGUGGGACCUCGGCAUGGCCAGCCUCACAGACCAACUCCGGUCGCCCUCCCAUGAAAGUGGCUUCUCACAUGCACUUGUGCUCCCCAGUGGCCCUGGAGGUGAGCAGAACCCCACGAACGAGGGUCCUCACCAGCUCCUGGGCCCCAUACUGGCCACUGGCCGCUGGCGUACACCCAGGACGGAAGGCCAGGGACGGGGUCGCCCCAGCACAGGCCCCGGGGUGGCGCGGGGUGGCUGCUGUGACGUGUGUGGGAAGGUGUUCAGCCAACGCAGCAACCUACUGAGGCACCAGAAGAUACACACAGGAGAGCGGCCAUUCGUGUGCAGCGAGUGCGGCCGAAGCUUCAGCAGAAGCUCGCACCUUCUGCGUCAUCAACUCACGCACACUGAGGAGUGGCCGUUUGUGUGCGGCGACUGUGGUCAGGGCUUCGUGCGCAGCGUGCGCCUGGAGGAGCACCGGCGAGUGCACACGGGCGAGCAGCCCUUCCACUGCGCAGAGUGCGGCCAGAGCUUCCGGCAGCGCUCCAACCUACUGCAGCACCAGCGCAUCCAUGGCGACCCCCCUGGCCCGGGCGCUGCGCCCCCCACGCCUCCCGGUGCCCCGGAGCCCCCAGGCCCCUUCCCCUGCAGCGAGUGCCGUGAGAGCUUCGCGCGGCGAGCCAUGCUCCUGGAACACCAGGCAGUGCACACGGGCGACAAAUCCUUUGGCUGCGUGGAGUGUGGGGAGCGUUUCGGCCGCCGCUCUGUGCUGCUGCAGCACCGGCGAGUCCACAGUGGAGAGCGGCCCUUUGCCUGUGCGGAGUGCGGCCAGAGCUUCCGCCAGCGCUCCAACCUCACGCAGCACCGGCGCAUCCACACGGGCGAGCGGCCCUUCGCCUGCGCGGAGUGUGGCAAGGCCUUCCGCCAGCGGCCCACGCUCACGCAGCACCUGCGCGUGCAUACCGGCGAGAAGCCCUUCGCCUGCCCGGAGUGUGGCCAGCGCUUCAGCCAGCGUCUGAAGCUCACGCGCCACCAGCGGACGCACACUGGGGAGAAACCCUACCACUGCACCGAGUGUGGCCUGGGCUUCACACAGGUGUCACGGCUCACCGAGCACCAGCGGAUCCAUACCGGGGAGCGGCCCUUCGCCUGCCCUGACUGCGGCCAGAGCUUCCGGCAGCACGCCAACCUCACGCAGCACCGGCGCAUCCACACGGGCGAGCGGCCCUACGCAUGCCCGGAGUGCGGCAAGGCCUUCCGCCAGCGGCCCACGCUGACGCAGCACCUGCGCACCCACCGGCGGGAGAAGCCCUUUGCCUGCCAGGAUUGCGGCCGCCGCUUCCACCAGAGCACCAAGCUCAUCCAGCACCAGCGCAUCCACAGUGCGGAGUAACAGCACUCACUGUACCCCUUCUCUGCGUCUCCGCUUCUGGCCUCUGGUUGCGGGGGAGGGUCUUCGCCCCGAACACUAACCUCACAGUGUUGCUGUGAGGCCUCUGAUCAAGUCUGGGUACAGACGGGCCCACUCAGGACCUGGCGCCUAGUACGUGCUCAAUAAAUAGUAGAUGGACCGUGGGUCUGGAAA